UGACGUCAUUGGUGAGCGCCUCUGCUGCUGGCCUUCGAAAUGGGCUCGACUCCUUAGCCUCGAUUUCUUCAAUUGUCCCUCUGCAUAUCAACUUUUUAUGAAAUAAGCCUGUUCGCGAUGACAUUUGGAGGUACGUCUACACAACGAGAGAAAGCAGAGACAUCUUUGAUAGGCAUUCUCCCCACUGCCAUGUUAGUGGUGAGCAGAUGUGAAUUGGCAGAUGAGGUCAGCCAGGUGAUUUCAGAACUGGUUCCUGUGCGGGCUGACUGGCUUCCAAGUUUCAGUUCCUGUGCAUUAUAGUAAAGCUACUCGCUUGGUCAGAGGAUUGCAAUGAAACCAGCUCAUGAGCGCAACCAGGAGUGCCUGCCUCCUAAGAAGAGGGACCUCCCAGUUAGUAACAGCAGUGGAUCUGGAGGGGGAGUUGGGGCUGCAGGAGGAGGUGCUGGCAGUAGCGCUGGUGGUGGUAUUGGAGAAGAUGAAGUGGUUUCCAUCCAGAACUCUGCAUCCAACAGUGACACUCAGAGAGGGACCUUGUCUGGAGAGUGGCUGCGAGCUCAGCCAGGGCUUCAUUAUGGAGUGGAUAAUUCUGAUGGCAUACCAGCGGUACCCGUUGACCAGUACAGUAUGCUCUACAAAGUGGCUCUUCCAUCUGUUACCUAUUCGUCUGCUAGUCUUCACCCAGUGUUAAGCCACAUCUCUCCAACCUACACUGUACACUCUCCUCUCCUGCAGCAUCCUGGCCUUUCCUAUCCUCCUCUUGGUUAUGCCCAGAUCCCUCAUUCCUCUCUCCAGUUUGUUGGUUCCCCUUAUGCAGCGGUACCUUACGCUCUACCCCCUGGCUUUGUCCCAGGAUCAUUAAUCUCUCCCUCAGGCACCAUUCCUCAGCCCCACGCUGUGUCCCACCUUGUUCCUUAUCCAUCUGUCAUACAGGAAGGUGUUGUUUCCCCGCCUCCCCAGGCCCAGGUAGCUGCUCAUACCUUUGCCAAAGUUGCAGCAUCCAGCGGGGUCCCGCUGAUGCUGCCUUCAGAGCAAGUUGCCCAGCAGCACCUUGGUACUGUAGGAGUCCUGUCUGCAACAGAGGUCAGCUCUCGAGGGAUGCCAGUUUUCUACCACCCUCAGGGCGCCAGGGUUGCCACCAGAGACACCCACAGUGCCCAGCAGGAGAAUGAACCAGAGAUGAAUGGAGGCGAUAAAGAGCAGGGAGCCAGGGAGGUAGUACUUGACUUGGCCUACACUGCCAGAAAUGCACGUCUGCUGCAGGUAGCAUCUAGCUCUGCAGCACAGGAGCACAGCCAAGACAGAGGCCUGCAGAACCGAAGGCUGGAAGAGAGGAGCUCACCUGGCCAGCGCAGCACUCCAGACAGUGACCUGGAGGUGCAGCAGGUGGUUGGUCGUUUUGCUUCCUCUAGCCAAGGGGGUAUUGGAGUGCGGAAAGAGGUCUCCUUUGCUCCCUUGAACCUCUCUCAGGGUGCCCAGAGAGCCAGAGAUGUCCAUGGAGAGAGCACUGGUGUAAUUUCCGGCCGGACCGCGUACACGGCCCAGCCUGUGAGUUACAGCGACCCCAGAGUGACUAGCCUCCAGCAGCAGACAGGACAACCAGGCCAUGCUGUCAUGCUUGCCAAUGGGCAACCCGUUCUUAUUCCCCUGGAGUAUCACCUGCAGCAUCAGUCCCAACCACCACAGCAACACUACCCAGGACAGGCUAAUGAUGCCUCAGCCAGCCAUGCCUCCACCACCAUGGCCUCCCCUAACCUAAGCUUUAAAGCCUCUGAUUCUUCAGCCAGAGUGUGCCUCCCUGAAAGGGCGGAGCCGACCAUAGCUCAGCAGCAGCUCCCCCAGCAGUCUCCUGUCCAGUCUACAGCAGAUGUGACUCAGGCCUUAGCUUCAAGCCUCGCUCCUGCCACGGCUCCCUGCAACCCGUCACACUUUAUGAAGGGGGCCAUUAUCCAGCUGGCUACUGGGGAACUGAAGCGUGUGGAGGACCUGCAGACUCAGGACUUUGUGCGGAGCGCCGAGGUGAGUGGGGGGCUUAAGAUUGACUCCAGCAUGGUGGUGGACAUCCGUGCCAGCCAGCAGAGACCAGGUCUCGUGUCACUUCACUUUACUGUGGGGGAGCAGCAGAGCAAAGUGACCAUUGACGUGCCCCCAGAGCACCCCUUUUUUGUGUUCGGCCAGGGCUGGUCGUCCUGCAGCCCUGAACGCACAGCCCAGCUGUACGGCUUGGCCUGCCAUCAUCUGCAAGUAGGAGACGUGUGUGUGUCCAUCACCCUGCAGCAGCAGCUUCAGCCGCAGCAGCAGAAACAACCACAGCACCAUCAUUCACAACAGCAACAACAACAACAGCAGAACCUGUCCAGGACUUUGAGCAAAAGCAACGCUACAUCAGGACCUGGUCACCAGCUCAUGGGGCCCCCUGCCCCUCAGCAGUCACGGCCUCAAUCUCAUUUCAGGCUAGACCGCAUUCACAGAGAAAGACAGAGGGAUGGAGAAAAGGAUGUGGUUGAUAAGGAGGAAGCCACACAUUUUGGGGUUGUUGGGCACACUGAGUCGCCCAUCAGACCAAGUAGGACCUCAGCAGAACAUCCAAGGAGCCAGAGCAGUUACCACUUACACACAGAGGGCUCUGCUUUUGCAGGGGCAGGGAUGGGAGCAAUGCAGGCUGCACUAGGUGCUUCUCAGAGGCGCUGGUCCUCACCUGGCCUCCAAAGAUACAAUAUGAAGGGAGACGAAGGGCCACGCCCUCAAAUAAGCACCUCUGGCCACACAAGGCCCUCUUUCAUCCCCCAGGAGGUCAAAGUGUCCAUUGAGGGGCGCUCUAAUGCAGGGAAGUAGCUUCACAUUUGGUAGCAUCUAUAGAGGAGUCUGCCACGAGUAAGAAUGAGUCUGACAAGGUGAGAAAGAGGAAAAAAAAGAGUGCGAAUGUAGCCUCAGAAUGUUUGAGAUUUUGCACACCUAAAAUAUACAAAAAUACAAGAUCUUUGUCUAUCUAGACAGAAGUUCUGGUCUGGUUUGGUUGCCUUGCAGCCAAAGGAUACGAGCCUGUGGUUUCCCAGCUAGCUGAGGUCUGACAGGGACAUGCAAAGUUGAGUAGAAAGUAUGUAGCUGAUGAAAUGCCUAUCAUAGUCCUUACACACUGCAUUUCUCUUACUCUCUCCCUCCUUUGUCGCCACUUCCUCAUACCCAUGCUUGGAGGUUACCAUCGCAUUCAGAACACUCUUGCUUCCUUUUUGACCAACUGUCUCUUUGGAAGACCACGAACUACGAAGAAUUUGUUUGUAGCACAGUGAAGUUACCAACUCUGUAGGUUCUGAUAUAUUUUGAAGACCACAGCCAGUGAUCUUUUAUCGCCUCCAUUCCUAAGAUUCUGUUUCCUUCAAAAGCAUUUACCCAAAAAAGAGUGGAGUUGCUGAUAUCAGCAGUUCCUGUGGCGAUGUUGGCACCGUUGACGCUAACUGUCAGUGUAUGUUACAUUAUGCUUCUCCGGUAGGAGUCUAAAACCGCUUUUGUCAGCAGAGAUACUCUCUCGGUCUGCAAAGAAUGGGAUCCUCUCUCAGGCCAGGUGUGGCGUGUCCCACUUGUCUUACAAUCUGAAUAGUAAUAAAUCAAUCAGUCUGUUCAGCAAUCAGGUUCCACUCCCAGAAAAAAAAUCUGCUUUCAUUACACACCAUCAUGCCCUCUGGUUUAGGCUGAGAGUCCUAACGUGUGUGUGUGUGUGUGUGUUUUUGCAUAAAUGCCGCAGAUUUGAAUAACGCUUUGUUCUCCAUGAUAACUAGAGAUAUCUUGCAUUCCAGUAUCAUCAGUGAGAAUAUCCAUCACUUAGUGUUUAACCUUUUCCCCCUCAGAGAAUCCUUUCCCAUCCUGAGCGACACCCUCCCUCCCUCCUCCUCACUAUACCUCAAAGCUUUCCCGACCAGACUGGUGACUUUUGAUGCAAUUUUAAAAAUAGUAAUUAACGGAGGAGGCACUGGCUGGUCCUCACCAAAGCCACUUGAACCAGAGAGACAUUACCCUGUCACAUCACUGGCUGCAGGCCACUUUAGCCAAAACCCCAGGAAGAGUUGAAGGGCCUUGUAGUUUGCCUCGGAGAGUCAGUGUGCGAGUGAGUCAGUGAUGAGGUGUUCUCUUUGUUCUCAACUUGAGUUACUCUUUGCUCAGUUACCAAAUUAAAGCAAUAGUUCUUUUUACAGCACGCCACUGUUCUGCUCUCCCCCGAGAAUCUCUCGCCGUGCGCUGUUUUAUAUCUCUAUACAUCUGAGGUGUGAGAUCUGACCUUUUAACCCUGAUGUUAAUGGUGAUGCACUAUUUUGCUGUUAAUUUUCAUUGAUGCUUCAGUAUUUCUACACAAGCAAUGCAUGCCUUUGACACAUUUCUCAAGAAAUCAUUGUAGAUGAAACUGGUUCUCUUUGAUUCUCCAUCUCAUUGAUGAUAUUUUAUCUUACAUGGAUUUACUCAAGUGCAUCUCCAAGAAAGGCUUCACUCUAAUUAAGUUGUAAUCAUUAUCAAGUUAUCUUCUGUUCUGUCUUUUUGUUUUAAAGUACAUGGUCCAUAGCUUUUGUACUAGGAUAUACUUUAUCCAGUGGAUCUUGUGAUUGUCUUAUGUUGCACAUAGAAAAUGUCACUCAUUGACUUCACACUGACCUUGUUAAUAGGAAUCACAGUACAGUAGAUGUUUUUUUGUAAUGAAGGGAAUAUGUUUGAAGUAUUGGUGUAGGUGUUUUGUGGCGUGAGAGAGAAAGAAAAAACUGACUUGCAUUUUUUAACUUGUGUUUACAAAUUAGCCAAGAUGAAUGCUGCAGUUUCCUCCUCCUGACAGAUUUUUAUCCUUGUCACUGAAAUCCAAAAACCCAAAAGGGUGAAAUUGAAAAUAAGUGCAAUUAGACCACACAUAAAAUCAUUCAGAGGUUCAUAAUGAGACGGCAUUCCUCAUACAGACAUUCCCAUCAGAAAGCGUAAAGCACAAAGUAACAGUUUAAGUUACAUGGUUGUCAAUUGUCUGACUAAUGUGUUGUAACCCAGACACUGUUGUGUGUGUGUGUGUGUGUGUGUGUGUGUGUGUGUGUCUAUCUGUCCUCUUCGACUCUCUUAACUUUCAUAUUGAGUAGAGCCCUUAACUCUUCAUGGUUCACUGAGUAUACAGUCUGACCCUCUGUCAGCAGGUAGAGGGGCCAUGAGAGAAGUAUCAGACAGAGUUAGCUGAACUGGGACUAGUAGACUCUCAUCCUCUGGUACUGUUAUUAUGAGCAGCUUUAAAGGGUAGGUUCACAUUUUGUUUGUCUUAUAACAAUUCCCACAUGUCCAUAAAGAGUUAUUGGUCGCUGUAAUCAUUCCUCCUGCCCAAGAUUCCUUUCUGAUACUAUUCCAAUGAAAGAGAUAUGGGACAAAAUCAACAGUCGUCUUUCUGUGCAGUAAUGCACUUCAAGCUAAUAUGAGGCUUCAGCAGUCAUAGUUAGACAAAUCAAGUGAGGAUCUUCCAAAGUUAGUUUUUGUAGUACACAAUUCACCCUUUUUGUUACUGUUCCUCUGCAGCAGCUCAGAGCUUUUUGUCCCCCAUCCCAUAACUUAAACUGGAAUCACGUCAGAAAGGGAUCUCCUUACGGAGGAAUGAUUACAACGACAAUAACUCUUUCAGUUUAGUAUUAUUUUGAGAUAGACUCGAAAAAUGUAAACCUAUCCAAUAAAAUGCUUUGCAGUGGGAGUUCAGAAAAUGAUUUUACUACAGUUAAGACCACCUUUUACCAUCAUGACAUUUGAGGUUUUUUUUUCAUGCUGUAAGCAAUAUACAUAAAAUCUGAAAACAUUUCAUGUAGUCUUGGCAUUUUCUAUGCAGUAAACUCAGUAUUGUACCCUUCAUUGUCUUAAGUACAGCUCUGAAGCAGUAGGGCAGGUUGGCUGAUGCAGUCAUUUUACAUUGAUGUCUGGUUAUAGGAUUGUUGCUUUAAAUGAUCUUUCUAUAGGAAUACAAACCAGUAUUUUGCUUUGCUACUUUGUUUUUUGCUCAGUGGUCCCAAUCUUCCUACUUAUAGCACACUGCUGAGUCACAGAUCGGUAAACUUUUAUUGUCUUCUUGCAAUGCCACACAGUCGGAGCCAAAUCACUCAAGACGAGUGUCACUCAAAUAUUCAUGUGUGUGUUCUGCAUUAUUUUGGCACGAUCGCCAAGCCACUUCAACAUUGUAUUCUAGGUCAAGAUGCAUUUGAUGGGAUUUAAACGGUGCAAGCAGUGCCACCAGUGACUUUACCUCCUGUUAAUUCUCACAGCAAGACCAUCCUGUGCUACCACGAGCCUUUUUUGUUUUUGCCCUCUGCUCUGAGCAGUGUGCCACGUUAAGCAGGAAAGCUCGACUUCCACCAAGAUGUCUAAUAAAUCUUAUUCACAUCACUGAGUCUGUUGCUGUACGUAAUUGCACUAAAUGCCCUCCUUUACAGUGUUGUAAAAUGAAAACUGUUGGUAAACUGAAGAGUUUCAAAAUGUAAAGCACACAAAAUCAUGGAGAAAUCGCAGGUUGUGUGUUUCUAUAGAUAAAUGUAUUUUUUUGUAUAGAUGGCUUUGAUGACGCUUGUCGAUAAUGCCUUAAAUUCUGCUUCGUAAAAUGUCUGAAAUUGAAAUAAUGGAAUAAUGCUUCUGGUAGACUUGGUGUUCUCUUUUCAGGCUGUACAAGAGCAAAUCAUAAUUUGUCAAGCCUUGACACUCUUGACAUGCUUACAAGCAGAAAUUCCCAUUUACAUUUCUCAAAGGGUGACAGUGAAUUCUCUUUGGACCCCAGACCAUUAAAUCUGCAAUUUUCUGUUUGUGUGUUUUUUUUUUUUUUUUCAUGAUUUAUUCCAUUACAUUUUUAAUAUACUCUUUAUGCUCAUACUUACUUUUUUUAAUUCCUGUUUUUUCAAUGUGUGCAAGUGAAGUAAAUGGAAGCUCUUUCUGCACUUUUUACAAGAUGAUGCCAAGAGUGUCAGCAACGGAGGGCAAUCACACAGACUCGCACACAUCUGUUGUUUUUUUUUUUUAUUGUUGUUGCACAAGAUCAGUAGUGUUUUUUUUUUUUUUUAUCCCUUGAAUUAAUGGAUUGUGUUUGGCGUCUUGUGCUUCGUCCCACAGUCUCUGGACAACAUAAAGUGGGCUUGAAUAAAUGGAGACAGACAGGCUGCAUAAAUCAGAUAGCUUUCCAUUGGUGGUAAUGUAAUGGUUUAUUAUGUCUUGUGAUGUUGGCAGUGGGGAUUUUUACUCUGUGUGAACUGCUUCCUGUUUAAUCCAAUAUUGAACUGCAAAGGUGAAUUUAGGAUGGUUUUGGUGUCGCUGAUGUCUAAUUAAAUCAGGAGAACGAGAACGGUUAAAAGUUUUAAAGAAGUCUGUGUAUUUUCAGAUUUGAUAUUGUACUUUUUUGGCACAAGGUGACACUGCUUUUUAUGUGACGUGUAACUAUCUAAAAACAACAAAAAACAGCAUCUUUUUUUAAAUGCCUAAAUCUGCAAAAUAUAUGCAAUGAUGUAAAUGUAACAUUCAAUCCUCAAGUAUAAUCCAGGUUGUAUGAACUUUGUAUAGUAAGUUUUAAUAUUGUAUGGCUGUACCAAUAUGUAUUGAUCUUUAUCAGAAGCCUUAGAGUUGUUGACCGAAAGUGCUCCCUUAGAAUACCCUACACCUACCUGACUUUAACAAAGCAUUAAUAUCUCUAUUUUGUUGCAUUUUUAUUUGUACGGUUUUUGAAUAAAAUAGAUUUGUACUGUAUAUUUGUACCUCUCUGUGAAAUACUUAGGGCGUUUUUUGUUUUUUGUUUUGCUGUUUUAAUUCUAUGUACUUUAAAGACACAAAGAUAUUGUAUUUUUAUUGUUACAGCUAACUUGGAGACAUUGCAUUUAUCAUGUUUGUUAAGUAAACACAAUAUAAUAUAUAUAUAUAUAUAUAUAUAUAUAAAUAUAAACUAUUAUCCAA